GAAAAAAUCCGGAAGAGAAACACGUGUCUUACUGACUUUCCUCUUUUUUGUAAAUUAUCUCCUAUAAUGGCAAAGAGAAAACGCUUCUUACCCAAGAAAAAAGUUUCUAAAAUCAAGCCGGCUCCCCUCGCCAGACAGCUCGAGACUUGCGUCAGAUGUUGCCCUGUUCACCCAUGCUGUUGCAGUCCAAGCAGAGGACGACGUUCAUAACAGCCAACUUAUAUCUGCGCUGGCUCGACGGAGGUGUCAGAAUUCUCUCGAAGGCAUCAAGGAGCACAGAUGUACACGCCCGCAGCGGUUGUCAUGCGGGGGGGAAGAACAUCUGUGUUCACAGCGUCAGGUGUGGCCCCGACAACAGCAAAUUCACGGGACACAACGCACCGGUCAACUGCGCUCAGAACAUAAGGGACGCCUGCCCUUCGCCGUUCUCCGCCAUGAGGAGGACGGACUUGGUAGAGCUCCGGAAAAUCCGCACUCGGCGAGUCGUCUCUCGCGGCCCCGGGGACCGUCUGCCAGGAGAGGGGGCCGAGGCGCGUCCUCUCGCACUUCCGCUGAGCAGGUCGAGGCAGGGGAUGAAGGAGAGUCCCUUCAUCAAGGUCGACGGCUUCCUGCCCGUGAACGUCUCGCCUCCCCGCAGCCUGCAGCCUCAGAGGGCCCUUGCUACCCGAGCCCCCUGGUCGAUGACUAAGGGCCACCUCGAGAGCUCUCCUAUGCCACGUUUUCUAGACGCGCGAGCCCCGAGGGACGCCUCCCUCUGCAGACGGAGCGGAUGCCUCGCCCCGCGCCCCAGGGAAGCUAACGACCCUCCUUCCCCUCGCGCGUGCCUCCUGCUCUCGCCCUGGAACACCCGGCGCUUCGUGCCGCAGAGCCCCUCGCAGUUCAUCCACCAGGCCGAGUCCUUCCUCGUUGACAUGAAGGAAUUGGAGCGCUCUCCUUCGGCCGCCGCCCUGUGCAGGAAGCAUUAUGAGGGCAGGAUCCAUCAUGGCUGAUCGCGUGACAAAGCAGAAAAGGAAAAUGUAGUAAUGAAAGGAUAAUUAUGACUUUUCCUUGGCACUUUUCUUUCUUCUUUCUUUUUUGUUAACCCUAUAGGUUUUUACAUCAGACAUUGAUAUGUUGAAAUAGGCAACGAAUCUUAUUGCAAUGUCAUCUUGUUCUCCCUUUGUUCAUUAUGUUUCACAUAAAUAUAUGACGUACCUGUAGCAUAGAUGAGAUGUACGAUUGCGUGUCACUAACAAAAUAAACCUCAACUGAUGUACGUA